UAUACGCACUCCAUUCUCUACCACCUCCAGGAGCGCUUCGUGUACGAUGCAAAAAUUUAUUUUUGCAGCUGCCAUUUUAGUUUCAAUAGCAGAAAGUCAAAUUUUGAGGCAAGGAAAAUGUCCUUUGAUGAUCACAGCACAGCAAAAUUUCAGCGUCGAAAAGUUUUCAGGGCUUUGGUACGAGCAGGUGUACACGAGGCGCUUUUCAGGGCUCAACAUUCGCUGCAACGUCGAGCACUUUACGCAGGCAGGACCGAAGAACUUUUCCCUCAACAGCUUUUUCCAUAGCGAAAAGUCUGAAUCUGAAUUUCAUAGAGAAAACAUUACGUACCACAUUCGAGGGAUAGGGGAAGUGAAACAAAGUGCCAAUAACUCAGGAAUACUGAGAGUCACCAUUCCCAAAAUGAAUGUGACGAGUGACGUUUGGAUUUUGGAGACGGAUUACAAGAACUUUGCCGUCCUUUGGAACUGCGUUGACAUGCAGGGAGCAAAUUACAUGGAAAACGUUGAGAUUAUAACAAGAGAGAAAUAUGCGAAAAAUAAGGUUUUGCUGAACGCCCUGAAUGUCCUGCCAAAGAAGAAAAUUGCGAAGACAAACCUGAGCUACGCAGCCCAAACCAACUGUCCAAGCUACGAGAAACAGUUAGCAAAAUUCAAUUUGACUGGAGAUGCACUUGCGGAUGAUUGACCUGCAGGAUUCAAAAGAACGGCUGGCAGACCUGAAAAAUAUGACACUCGAAUUUUGGAAAGAAUUAAGCUUGAUGAGCAGCCACUUUAAUGUGCAUUAUUUGUACCAACAUUAAAGAAUAAAUUUCAGAAGUUUACAAAUCAUUAAACUAAACAUGAAAAUAUUCUUCUUGGCAAAAAUUA